AGACAAUUAUUAAAACUGCCGCAGAUUUCACGGUUUGAUUCACGCAGUGAAAAUGCGUGAAAAGGUUCAUUCAUGAGAGCAAGCGGAUGUACCUGUAUAACUACACUAAUAUUAUUGUGAUUAUUAAAAUAACAGCUGACAAAAUAAAUGUAUUCUAUAGUUAAUACAUUCACCGCAAGUUAUUUAAAGAUGUUGGUUGUGUUGACUGUUAUAAAACUUGUAAACUUCGUAAAAUAACAAAAUAAAUAUAAGUAAUAUUUACAUUUUGCUCAUAUACUUACUAUGAAAGAGCUACACUAUGGGAUUCUACUGGCAAUAUUGGUUCAGAUCAAUGGGUCUUUUCUUGAUUUAAAUGAAGUGAAGAAUAGCAUAUUACAGUUGAAGAACAUAAGUUUUUCGAAUAUAAACGAGGUGGGUGCUAUUUCCGAUGGACUUUUUGACUUGAGUGAAAUAAAAAACAAGCUUCUGCAAUGGAAGACUCAGAAAUUGGCUGCUCUUUGCCCAUCCAACGGCAUUCAGUUACAAAACCUGCUAAAUCUAGUUUGCAGCACAGCGCAGCCCACUAAUACUACGUCGAGAGAUGCGUGCAUCAGUUGCUUCAGCAAACUGACAACAGCUCCACAAGGGCCUCAAGAACUUAAUGGCUUGAGUGUAUGCGCGACACGAUAUUUUACUGGUUCAACCUAUGCAGGAUGUGCUGAAAAUUUACAGGUAUUGGCGUCAUCAGCUUUAAAUGUUCAAACAGCAGGAUGCUACAUGGGAUACUGUGACUUCGUUAAAUGUUUAAGAAGAGUAAACUCUCAAAAUUUGAUAAUAGAAUGUACAAGGGAAGCAAGAACGGGUAUAAACAUUAUGAUGGAUGCGGACAACCUGCGUUUUUAUACAAAUGUGACUUCUUGUAUUUUGGCCAAGUCCCGUUGCGGAAACUUUAACCCAAUAACGGGUGCACCACAAAUACCAGGAUACAUGGGAAAUAAUAUAAGAGUCACUAAUGCGCUUCAAAUAACUGCGGCUGGUGACCUACGAGUUAUUGCGUUUUCAGGAAAUACAAAAGUGGCGGCAACUUUUUGUACAACUAGUACUAAUUUAACUCAGACAAAUUGGCUUACAAAUGUAUGUUAAUGUUUAAAUAUAAUUUUAAAUAAAUACGUUUGUAACGAAUAACUCA